UACGUGUUCUGGCAAGUUGGCAACGUUCAGAUGUCGACCAAAUUCCAUUCAUAAAUACGUCCUUAUUGCGGUGCGUGCCUUUGAAAACUACCCCAAAUGAAGGCGAUUAUUUUGGCGGCGAAAAAAUCAUUACACUAAUCCUGCCGAGCCAUUCCUGGCGCCAGCAGCCAAAGUUUCCCAUACCCCCAACCUUAAACACCUUCAAACCGAUCAAUACUCCAUCAGGCAGCUUAUUGCCCGAAAAAAUUUUUGGGAGUUUUUGCCGCAUUAAUAGAACAUAGUUUUGAGAAAAUGGCCGGUUUUGCAGCCCAAGCCGCUUUGAGGGCCAAAUGGAGCUCAUUGGUAGAGGAGCAUUCGAUCGAAGUGCCCCCUGAAGUAACCAACAAGGUUACCACAGUGGUGGGCUGGCUCAAGCAGGCGUCUUUGGAUGUGCGAGCAGCAGGUCGUCGAGCAGUGAACACAUUGGCCAGCUCCAAAAUGUCCGAUAGUCUGGUUAUUCUUCACUACAACGACGUCUACAAUGUAGAGGCGCGCCAAGGGCCGGAACCAAUUGGAGGCGCCGCCCGGUUCUGCACCGCCAUCAAAAGCCUGGAGGCCCUCAACCCUCUGGUGCUGUUCAGUGGCGACGCCUUCUCUCCCAGUAUGCUAAGCACCUUCACCAAGGGCGAGCACAUGGUUCCAGUGCUGAACGAAAUCGGUACUCAUUGCGCAGUGUUGGGCAACCAUGACUUUGAUCACGGCUUGGAGAUGCUGAGCAAGUGGGUGGAGCAAUCCAACUUUCCCUGGCUCAUGUCCAACGUGGUGGACAAUGAGACGGGCCGCCCGUUGGGGGAGGGGCGCAUCACUCACGUGGUCAAUUGGGGAGGGCGUCGCAUCGGCUUGGUGGGCUUGGUGGAGAAGGAAUGGCUGGACACCUUGGCCACCAUCAAUCCGGAAGAAGUCACCUUUUUGGACUUUGUCGAGGCUGGCCAGAAGCUAGCGGCCCAAUUGAAGCAAGAGGACAGCAAAUUCUGGAAGCCCUUGAGAACGCUGUCUGCAUGUACCCGAAGCUGGAGGGGCGAUUUCCGCAAGUGGCAGGGCUCAGUUUCGCCUUCAACCCCAAUAAACCCCCUGGUACCAGGGUGGAGCCCCAAUUCGUGCGAAUCGGGGACGAAUAUUUGAACGUGGAGCAAAACUACUGCUUGGCCACCAAAAGCUACAUGCACAACGGAUGUGACGGCUAUGUGAUGCUGCGAAACACCGAAGUGCUAGUCAAUGAAGGGGAGUGUCCAGAGUUGGGGUUGGCGGUUCAAAACCACUUCCAAGCCAUCAACAUGCGGCUGGGCAAAACAAGGCGUCAGUCCAAACAUCGGCAAUCGCUGGUCACGUUGUCUCGAAGGCACAGUUUAGUGAAGAUGCUGGAUGGCAGCGAACUGGAAGGCCCGCCAAUUCUUCGGCGCGCCAGCACCAUCGACACAACUUCGCACAACACGCACCACACAGCCAAACUAACGCGCAGAGCUUCUCUGGACGAUCUGGAGCAGGAAACUUGUCAAUUAAUCCCGAAGAUAGACCAAAGAAUCAUUGUGAUAACCAGCGAAGAGAAGUACCACGAACUGGUGCUGCGACGACAACGAGUCGAGCAGGACUCGAUUAUCGAAGAAGUUGACGAGUGCUCGCCUCAAAACUAGACUUAAAAAAUAGUUACUUUAUUGAUUUAAGACAAUUCUGCGAGGCUUGCUGGAUAUACAAAUGCCGUUCCAAGUGCUUUCAUUGGAUGUCAAUUUAGCAACUAAUUAUUAUUGAAUAUUUGUAAAUAAAAGGCGUUGGUUAAUCGCAUUAGGAGGAAAGUCGGAAGAGGGCUUUUCGCGUCAAGUACAACUUUACCAAUAGAAAAUCCUAUGGUAUAUUACCAACCAAUCUGCUUGCUUCCAUGGCCUGGAAGCAUAUCGUCCACAUGACGAAGCACGUUUUCGUAUUUAUGUACAAACAAGCUGCCUUCAAACAAACUCAAUAUUGUACAUAUACUGAUCUUGACUGUUAGGUUUUAAACUGUACUUAGUAUUUCCAAAAACACUUGUGAGUGAGGCAAACCGGUUAUGUAUGAGCUUACAAUUAUACCGUAGUUGAACAAGGCACUAUACUGUGGUAAAUGUCUGUGUAAGAGAAACUAGUCUGUUCUCAGUUAUAUGAUUGGUGUACAAAAGCAGUUCGGGCGCUUUUUGUGAUUAAUUAAAACGUUACUUGCCAUUAUUGUUACACCCGUUCUAUGCCCCAAAGGGAAUACUUUACCUAAACUCGCACUGAAUUUUAAACAUGAUAUUCCAGAAAAA